UUUUUUUACUCUCUUCUUUUUUCCAUCUUUUAUUUUCUUCUACAUCAACAGCUGACGAUCACCAAUGUGUGGCUGGUGAAUUUGGCGAUAGCAGACCUGAUCUUCUGCUUCACACGAAUCUUCGCCCUCACUCGGCUGUUCUUGUCAGACCACUGGCCUUUUGGCCUCUUCCUCUGCAAGUUCUAUGGCUUCUUCAAAUACACCAAUAUGUUCUGCUCUGUGUUCCUGCUGGCUGUGAUCAGUCUGGAUCGAGUGCUCUGCAUCUGGCAGCCUGUCCUCACAAAGCGUCGACGCACCCUGUGGACAGCGAGGGUGAUAGCAGUCUGCGUCUGGAUUGCAGCGAUCCUCUUCAGCAUUCCCUACUUCAUCCAUCGACAAACUUACAUAGACGACAACAACCUGACUAAAUGUUCUAUGAACCCAAAAAAGAUGGCAGAGGCUCACAACAGCACCAAAGCUGCUCUCUAUUCCAUCCGUUUCUUGUGUGGCUUCAUAUUUCCCUUCAUGGUCAUUCUCAUCUGUUACAUCCUGGCUGGUGUGGGCAUCAGACGUACCCGUUUGGUGGCAAAGUCCCGGUCUCUGCGUGUACUAGCAUGUUUGGUCAUUGCCUUCUUCCUGUGCUGGGCACCUUAUCACUGCCUCCAACUUGUGAGAAUGAUCAAUGGUGAUAAUGCUGUGCUGAAAAUCUGGUUUACUGUAGCACAGAGCAUUGCCUUCUUUAACAGCUGUGUGAACCCACUGCUUUACUUUUGCAUGGGGAUAAAAAUGAAGCAUGGGCUUAAACAAGGUCUGAUGGGAGUUUAUACGAGGGCUCUGGCAGAUGAUACAGGUGGCCAAAUUACUCAGUGCACUGAUCAGUCUUUGGAUUAAAGCUCUGUGUUUACAGCACUCUUUUAGCAGCAGAAAUGAGUCGGACAGCAGUGGGUGUAAAUAAAGCUGAAGGUUCUCUCAGUAAUCCGGACUCUCAGAAUAUUAUAUGCCCAUGUUUUCGUUUUUUUUUUUUUUUUAACCAGUGUAACUGGAGUGCAGACAUCUGAACUGCAAAUCAAUUUUUUUUUUCAUUUUAAUGCAAUUACAGUGUGGAUUUUUGACAAGAUCAUAAAUGACCUGUCACCUGGCUACAUCUGUAAGUUUAAGGCUGAAUCAAGUUUAGGUAAGUGUAUAUUUUUAAAGUAAACUAUUUCUUUGCUGUAAAGUUAAAAAAAAACCAUACACAUAUGCACAUCAUGUUUAGAUCUAGAUAUGUUUACCAUAGACUAUUUACAUUUUUUUAAAUGCCCUCAAAUUUAUGGAAUGGUAUAAUUUUUAAAUUGACAGGCAAUAUAUAUCACACAUGUAAUCUGUAUCACUAUUGCAACAUUUUACUCAAAUAAUA